AGCCUUGUGCUCCCGCGGACCGGGCCACAGUGCGGGCUCCGGGCACGUCCCGCUCUGCUCGUGCGGGGGCUGCGGGCAGGCAGCAGCAGGCGGGGAGGGGGAAGGUGCUGCUGGCUGCGCAGCACCGCCGGGGAGGCGGGGGUAGGGGGACGGCACCUUCCCCCUUUGCAGCGCCGCCCCCUCGCUCCCCGCAGCGGCCGCACACCGGCUGCAGCGCGGCACCGCAGCCCCCGCCCCAUGGAGCAGGGAGCCGCGGGGGGAGCGGGGCUGCUUGUGCCCCUCAGCGACACCGAGCAGCAGCGCUACUCCGAGCUCUUCUCGCUCUGCUGCUGCCCGCCGGCGCCCGAGGGCGGCUCGGCGCCAGCUCCCGCCGCCGGGGGCAGCAAAGUGGGCGACUUGUUCCGGGCAUCGCAGCUCCCUGCGGACACGCUGCAGCAGAUCACAGAACUUUGUGGGGCAAAACGUGUGGGUUACUUUGGUCCAGCUCAAUUUUAUGUUGCUUUGAAACUAAUUGCUGCAGCACAGUCUGGCUUUCCAGUACGGAUAGAGAGCCUUAAGUGUGAAUUGCCUCUUCCUCGUUUUAUGGCACUGAAGAAUGAUGAAAUGAGAUAUGGAAAUGCAGCAGAAAUACACGGAAUUAAAUUUCAGGUGCCACAUGCUACCUUGGAAAAAAACUCCUUCAAAAGAGCAGAUGAAGGGGAUAAACAGGAAACCAAGUCUCCCCCCAAGUCACCUAUAUGUUCACCUCCUGCUUCUCCAUCUAGUUACCAGAGAAUACCCUUGAGUUAUGGCUAUGGGAAGUCAAGGAGUGGAUUUGAACAGCCACAUGGAGCGACUUAUGAAGCAAGACAUUCUACACACCAACAAGAUGGAUCAGCAGUGGGAAAUUAUGGAUCCAAAUCUGCACUUGUACAUUCCUCUCUUAGUCGGUCUCUUUCAGUAGAAAGGGAGCCACAGGAAAGCAGUAAUUACCCAGAUGACCCCUGGAGAAUAACAGAGGAACAGCGAGAAUAUUACAUCAACCAGUUCAAAUCCCUACAGCCUGACCUGAACUCUUUCAUUUCAGGUUCCGUUGCUAAGAAUUUCUUCACAAAAUCCAAGCUUCCCAUCCCAGAGCUUUCUCACAUAUGGGAGCUAAGCGAUGUAGACUGUGAUGGAGCACUGACGCUGCCGGAAUUCUGUGCCGCAUUUCACCUCAUUGUUGCUAGGAAGAAUGGUUAUCUGCUGCCAGAUAUGCUGCCGGAGACCUUGCUACCAGAUUUCCUUCAACCAGCUUCCCUUAAGCCUAAACAUGACUCUGCUUUAUUGGAUUCUUAUUCUGAGUCAUUACCAGUCAGUCAACAGACCAGAGACUUUAAUCGAACGGAGCUUGAAACUGUCCAUGAAGAUCCAAUCAACUCAGAGCCGUUGAUUCUCUUUGGUGCAGUGACUUCAGUUGUUGAGCCAAAGACGUCGGUUGAGGAGGUUCCUGAUAAAUCUGCCCUGACCCAAGAUGCAAAUAGUGAUGACAAUCAAGCUGUGAACACAAGCACUACUGCAAAAACAAUACCAAAGGAUUUUAAACCAUCUCAACACUUAUCUGCCAAAACAGUUGUUCAGGAAUCAAACACACUCAAGGCAAGACCAAGAUCCAGGUCCUAUUCUAGCACAUCUAUUGAAGAUGCAAUGAAAAAGGGGGAAGAGCCCCCUACGCCCCCACCAAGGCCGCAGAAAUCACAUUCCAGAGCCUCCUCUUUGGACCUAAAUAAAAUUUUCCAGCAAAACACACAAGCUAUGAAAUCAGGCUGGUUACCACCACCACCUGCCCUGCCCCCAAGGCCUUUUGUAUCACAAACAGAACAAGUAUCUGAGAUUGAAUUACAUCCUCAGAUGAAUAGAGCCCCAUUGCAGACAGAAGAAAGUAGUCCAACGAAAAAGGAGAUACUGCUUACUCAGCCACCCUCCAAACCAAUCCGUAGGAAAUUCCGCUCCGAAAAUCAGAUGUUGGAAACCCAGGAGCUCACUCCCACGAUCAGCGUGACCUCUUCCUUGUCUGCCAUCAAACCCCAUCUUCCAGCUCAAAAACAGUCUUCCAAGCAGAAGAGGGCUAUUCAGACUGCAAUUCGUAAAAACAAAGAAGCCAAUGCAGUGCUAGCCAGGUUGAACAGCGAACUCCAGCAGCAACUGAAGGAAGUUCACAAAGAACGAAUUGCAUUGGAGAUGCAGUUGGAACAGCUUCGUCCUGUAACUGUCUUGUGACCUUCAGUACAUUAUUUAAUGGCGAUAAAUGGACACACGUGCCAACAAUUUUUUGACUGUAUUAGCACAGCAAAUCUGUGUAUAGUUUUCACUGAGGCAGAGGCACUGGAAAAAGUGGAAUCUACAUUGGGUUUCUUUGCACACCACCUUGCACAUUUUCCCUUGCAGAUGAAGAGGUAGAGGAGAUAAAUGUCAAACCAUAGGUUAUAUCUAAGAAAUGAAAGCUAUUUCCUACUUGUUCUUCAGGAUAUUACAAAAUGCAGUUAACUACCAAAAUUAAUUGUAGUCUAAAUCUGAAAUUGUUAAUAGUUUUAAAAGUGUAUUUAUUUAAAGAAUUCCUGAUAUGUGUACUUUCUUGAAAAUCAAUUAUUAUAAGUUACAGGCAUUCGGAAUUCUUCUUUAUAUGUAAAAUCCCUAUUCUAACGCUGUUUCUUGGAUGUUUCCGAUUUCACAUAGGUUUAUACCAGGAGAUAGUGACUGUAGUUUUAAGACACAAAAGAAUAAAAAUAAUUGUACGGAUGGUCUAUAUUCACAAUCAUGUCACUUAAUUGUCUCUUUAGCACCAUUUAUGAUUAUUCAUCAUUUAUGUCAAAUAUUACAGGGUUUGCGUGUUAUAAGUUAAAAAUCACGUGAAAAUGCAGUGUUGAGAACUAAAAACCAUUGAAGCUUGCUGAUUUUAGACAUUUUUAAAACUUGUUUUUAAGCUAUAUCUGCAGGGAAAAUUAGAAAUGGACACACUUUUCUGUAUGUAAUUAAUGUGUACUUGUUAAGCGUAUGUUCUGCUUGUCUUUGGAGACAUCAGGUUUUUUUUCAUAUUUGUUUGCAUUGGUCUAUAUUCCUGUUUCACUAGCUAUUGCAUUUGUAAAGAAUCUGAACUAGAUGUUUGAUUUCCAAAUAAAAUAAAUGUAUGUAUAUGCUCUAGGUAGCAUUUCUAACUGGCUAUGAUGCAAAGACAUGGAUCCUACAAGCGGCUGUCCAUUGAGUGGCCUUAAUACUGUGCAGGAGAUGCUCCUUACAGGAGAGACACCUAGGAUCUUUCCUUUUGCGAAAGGGAAAGUCAAAGUUAAUAGUCCUCUGUCUGGGUCUGAUCUGGGGCCAAUUGAAAUUGAUGGACAUCUUUCCAUUGACUUCAGUGAACAUUGGAUUAAGUCCUCUGAGACUUUCUGAAAAUGAAAGCUUUCUAAUGAACCUUUUAGUUUUGGGGCCAAAACUCUUAUAAUGCAUAGUUUUAGAAGAAAUGAAAUCAGCCUCUUCCCUUUGACAUAUGCCUCAUUGAUAAAAACAUAGCAUGCAUACUGUCCUCUUUCUUUCCUUCCCCUCUCACAACCCCACAAGUGAUGCAUUAUAGUCUUUUCUCAGUGAUGUAAACUAACCAUCUGCAUUAAGUUUGCAAACGUUCUGCAUACAUAUUUUCCUCUAUUAUUUGUGAUGCUUUAUCCAUCCAGUUUUGGAAUGUUCCCUAAGGGUGGGUUAGAAAUAACUACCCAGUCUCCUGUCAGGAUAUGGUGUGAAAUGAAUAAAUGUGAAAAAGCUGUAGUGGAAUAGCAGGGCAGCCAGAAGUUUCAUCAACAUGUCAAACAAGAAUGACAUCAAUGUAAAUGUUUAAAGUUGACUUGGUGACGGAACAGACUCCCUUGACUGAAGUUUAUAUGGAUUCGAAAUUUAUAAAACAUUAUUCCAAUGGGGGGAGGGAAAUCUUCACAUUUGUAAAACUGUGCUAACUGAAAGUUGGUUAAUGUUAUUCCUUAGCUAGCUAACCACUGUUCAUGAAUUUUUGAAUUUCUGACUUCUGUGUUAAUGCUCUGCAGUUAGAAUCAGAGUGGUGACUAUGGAUUGUAACUAAGUGAAGGGUGUGGUAAUAUCUUUUAGAAUUGCAUCAUGCCACUGGACAAACCAUCGCUUAUCUAGACAACUAUGCCCAUGCGAAAUAAAAUAAAUUGGACCUCCUUCUGUGGGGAGAGAACAAGUUUUGUAGCCCAAAAGCUGAUCUCUCUCGCCAGCAGAAGUUGUUCCAAUAAAAGGUAUUUCCUCAUCCCUCAUGUCUCUCUCAUAUCCUGCGACCAGCACUGCAUAUGCAAAUCAUUCUUUUCAUUUACAAAAUUGAAUGGUUUGAUUUUUAUGAGUUAAUUUUUAUUAAUUCUUGUUUUGUUGGUUUUUACUUAACAAAAUGACAAUUUUAAAGGACAGAGUUGGGCAGCACUAUCCAUAUUAGCCUGAAACAUCUUUCUAGGUUUUUUUUUGGUUUUGUUUUGUUUUGUUUUUGAAGAUGUCAAACCUCCUUCUGUUAUUUAGGGGCGGGAGGGGGGGGAGGAGGAAUUGUAAUGAGAGUUACUACUGCUCAGCCCCUUCAAAAAUCAGGGCUAACAUUUUCAAAAGUGUGCUAAGUCCUAUUUUCAAAAGUGACCUAGUUCUUUCAAAGCCUAAGUCCCCAUUAACUUUCAGUGAGACACAAGGGAAAAAUGUCAAAAGAUCUAGACUCCUGAGCUUCCUACUCUUGAAAAUGUGACUUUGGUUCCUAUAUCACACAGGCAAUUUCUAAGUUUUAGCCUUAAGCUAAACUUGGCAAUCAUGGGUGUGUAAAAUUAAGCACUUGUAAUGGUCUGAUUUUCAAACGUGCUCAACAUCUACAAAUCCUGUUGAAGUCAAUGGGAGUUAAAUGCUAGGAAUUGUUUGGAAAUCAGGCCAGUUUAUUUCCAUUCUAAAUACAGAACAUCAGACACAAUGAACAAGUUAUGGGGAUAUGUUUAAAGACAAACUAUACAAACACAGACCAUUGUUGAAAUAUUAAAGAUUAACAUUCUCCUGUUUUAGGAUACCAUGAAAAUGUAUAUAUCAUCUUUUCAUGUGGCUCCCAUAUUGUUGGAUUAAAAACAUCAAUCAUUAGCAAGUUCAGCCCUGUUGAGUUCAGAAAUGUCAGUUUUCACUUGAAACAUUAUUUCCAAGCACAGUUGUACAGGAUGGGAGAUGGUUUUAAUGCAGUGAACACUUCAGUCACUUCAGUAAGAGGAACUUUUUCAGCUUUCUUCUAAAUAUUUCAAGCUUUCUAUUGUACUCAAGAGUCUCAAAGCAUAUCUUGUCAUUUCAUAUAUUGCACUUGUCCAUACAAGCAUGGUUGACAAUUUUAUUGAGGUGGUACCUAGCCUAAAAUUAGCAAUAUCUCAAACCCUACUUCAGCCCUAACAACACUGGAUAACAAUUGUUUGCAAUUACAAAACUAAUCCUAUUAGGUGGUUCUGAUUUGGAACUCUUCACAAGUAGCUUCUGGAUAACCUUAAUAUGGAAAUUAUCUCUCCCUGUUGUAGAAGGUGCUUCUGACAAGUUUAAUUCCCAGAUCAUGACACAGACAGUUUGUGAAAGUUUCCAGUGUGUAAGGGAGGAGCGUUACUUCUCCAGCACUGCCAGUCCUUUAGCCUUUAGCACACAGACACCUUAAUUGACAAGAAGUAGUUGGUGUGAUAAAAGUCAAGAUAGGAAAGAGGGAUAAUGAACCCAGCUAUUUGAGCAACUAGAGUGAAAACUUAUUUUUUCAAAUCAUGACUAUCCCAAAUAUUAUGAAUUUGAGAAGAACUAUAUAUUUUGAAGGUUUCCUUUAUUCAAUUGUCUUCAUGAAACUGUGUACUACAUUUUUGCUGUUUGUCAUCUUUGUUUGCUAUUGACCAUUUGAUAUAAAUCUGGAAUUGGGUAACUUAUUGCUGAUAAUCUAAAAUUUAAAAGAUAAAUUCCUCUCCAGGAAUAUAUAUAUGUGUACAUUUACUUAUACAAUGUAGUUGAUACCCAUAUUCCAGAAUAUUUGUUUUCACAGCUGCAGAAAUGUGUGUGUGGUGGUUUGCAAGAUAUAUAGUAUUCUGUACUAUGCACAUCCAGUUUUGGAAAAUGUAUAUUAUACGAACGGGGUGCUAUGUUGAAAUAAAAAGCGACAAUAGAUUCA